CAUUUUCUUUCCUGUUCUUCGUUGUAUCUUUACCACUUUCUUUAUUUUAUAAUUUUAUACGUUCUGGAUUUCAUCAAAAAAUUUAUUUAUCUUUAUAUUUUUUUUUCAACACAGAUAAAACUUAUUUAACAUGCCUCUCAAACUUGAAGAAAUUUCUCCUGAAAGUGAGCUUCAACAAAAUCUUGAACAACUUAAUGUCACAGAAAAUGAUGGUCAUAAACGUGAUGUUGAUGUACAUGCAGUAGAAGGAGAGUCUGCUAAUAACGACAAGAAACAAGAUCGUAAAACUACUUUGGUGGACAAUAAUAUUGUCAAUGAGAAAAAAUGGAGUGAUGAAACAACUUGUCAUUCUGAAGAUGGUAGUCAUGAAAUUGGGUUAAAGGUUACUAACGAUAAUGACAAGGAUAAGGAUUAUACUUCUUCUGCUGAUGAAUCUGAUUUUAGUCUGCCAAAACAUCGGAAAGAUUAUCCAAGUGAUGAUGAAAGAACAGAUUCUGAACCUUUGAGUAAUGAAGAAGACGAGACUGGUUCGGAAGACAGUAAUUAUCGUUUAAUUCCUCUACAAAAAUUGUCAGAAAUAUAUACUCCUUAUGAGCAAACAACCCCAAUUAAGUCUUCUAAUACCCUUCAAAUAAAUGGUACGAACGACCCAUUUGAGGUUUCUCCAAUGACUCUUGGCGACAGUUCUCUUCAAGAUGAUGAUAUAGACAUAGCAAGAAUUGUUAAUCCUAUUGUAAGGUGUAUCGCUGAUUUGAGAUCAGAAUUUCGUACACAAUUGGCUAAAAUUCAUUAUUGUCCGGAUACUAAUCUUGAUAAAGUGAAAUUUGACGAAAACUGGCAACAUACUGAAUUCGAAAAACCACAAGAUCAAUAUUGUUAUAAUGCUAUUGCUACUGCUGGGAAACUUCUUGACGUUAUUAUGCCGAUGCAACUACCUGAAGAAGCUAAAGAACAUAUUGCUCAAGCUCGUCACAUCCUUUGGAAAAAGGCUUUGCUUUGUCGUACUAAUACUGAAAACAUCAACUUAUCUAGUUCAAGUAUUUCUCAAGCGGAUAAUGAUAUUGAUUCUGCUACUGCAACUGUUACUACUCCGAAUAAUAAUUCGAAAUCUGGUACGGAAUUAGUUUCUUCGAAUACUAAUGAAAAUAAUAAAUCAUCUGGGUCAUCUGUCGAAGCGAAGAGUAGUGGUGAAAACAACAAUAAAACAUCUGUCGAGAUUGUCAAUAAAGCCGAGGUCAUUACCACGAAAAAUAAAGAAAGUAGCAAUAAUCAUAACGUGACUAACCCUAACAAAUAUCGACGUGGUACAAGUCAAGGAAGAAAAUUGAGACGACAUUCAACAUAUUCUUCUCCGAAAAGUGGUCGUCGUAGCCAAAAUUAUUCACCUAGGACACCCAAUUCACGUUCUCCUCGUGUUGGAAGCACUGUUACCUCUUCUAUUGCUGGUUCGGCUACUCAAGCGAAUAAUAGACGAUUUGUUGGAUUUUUACCUUCAAGAUGCUUUACUUGUGGUGGUAUUGGUCAUUACGCCACCAACUGUCCUAACAAAGGAUCUUUUAUUACUACAAGUACGAGUAAUAAUCAUCAUCAACCUUCUCGUAGUCGCCGUCGUAAUUUCGAUCGAUAUAAAAGGACCACAGAAACCAACACGAAUAAUUCCACUUCCAAUGAAUAAACAGAAAAGGUGGUUGUUGUAAAAUUAAUAUUAAAUAGGAUGUAAUAAUCUGUUGUUGUAAUCUAUUAUUUGUAAAUGAACGAUUAUUAAUAAUGUAGCUGUUAUUUAUGAUUUAUCACUAACUAUAGUUGAAGGAGGUAGAUUUAAACUCAAUUCUGAGUGCAAUUGGAGUGAAAGGAGGGUCGUUGUUGCAUUUAUUUCUUUAGGUGGUUAUUAUUUGUUUUAUUUAGAAAAGUUGUACGCUGUACAUGUACGUGUUGCAAUUCAUUAGAUAGGAUGAAAUUAAGGUUUCAAAGAAUUCAAGCAUAUUAGAAUUCAAGCGUAUUUGCGAAUGAAUAUUUAUUAGCAUUAUUUCAUUUUCUGGUGUAAAGAAUAGUAUUGAUUACAAGUUACCUUCUUUAAUUUCAUUUUAAAUUUUAUAAUUAAAUAGUUAUUAAAAGUUUACUGCGGUAAGGAUUCAUGAAAAAUAAAAUAAAAUAAAGACUA